GCUUUGCCCCAGGACCUCUGUUGGGCCCUGUCCUGUCACAUCCUUGUCCUAGGGACAUGAUGCCCCACCUCUUAAUUCUCAGCCCGUGAGGGCCUCUGCACAGCUCUGCCCCUUUUCAUGCUCCUCCCAGCUGGCCCCAGAUAACCCGAAGAUUUUAAUUUGGCAGCCAGCCCUUGCCCCAUAGGCCAUGGGGCACCCAUAUAUAACCUCGCCACACCAAGGCACCCCAUACCCCCAGCAGGACAGACUACCUUGCAUUAUGUCUUGGAUCUCCACCUAUUCCCCCCGGGUCUGUGGCAAUCACCUGGGUCGGGGCAGUUCCUUAGCACCCUUAGGUGGGUAUUGUGUCCCUUGCCAGGUCCCCGGGGUGGUUGGGGUGGGAGAAGGGCUUCCAGACGCUGGUGGGAACAGCUUCGGGGGGAAGGAUAUCUGGUGGGAGGAGUCAGGGAACGUUGUGGGGGCAGUGUCUUGAUAGAAUAUCUUGGGGUUUGGGCAUAAGGUGUUUGCGUCGUGGCAGGUAUCAUCUUGUGAUGUCAUGGGCCCAUGCUCUGAUCUCAUGGGAUCUUGGCAUGACCUGGAGCCGUGGCAUGAGGAAGUUAUGCAGUGGCAGACAGGGCCUUGUAUAAUGUCAUGGGAUUUUAAUGUGCUGUCAUGUGGGCUGCCUGUGAGAAGGUUGGGAUGUGGCAGGCAUGGGCUUGGUGUGAUGUCAUGUGGCCACAGUGGGCCUUGGCAUAUCAUGGGUCUUGUGUAUGAGGAUUUGGGCCAUGAUGGGUCAGGGCCUUGGUGUGAUAUCAUGCGGUCUUGGCAUGACAUCAUAUGGCUGGGCUUCAAGGGAGUUGGGCCACAUUUUGGAUGUGUGGGAGGGGCUGGGCCAUGGUGGGCAGGACCGUGGCUAGAGCCCUUCUCUGAUGCCCCUCUCCCUGUGGCUCUUCCUGGCCCUUCAGCUGAGAGCGAGCUGGCCAAGCUGCAACGCCAGUUCCGCCUGCUAGAGGGUGACCGUCGUGCCUAUGCCCAGGAGUCACAGGAGACCAUCCGCAGGCAGCUGGCUGAAAUCCACAGGCUGGAGAAGGAGCAGGAGGGGCUGCUGCAGGAGCUGCAGCUGGCAGAGAGCAGGGCCCACCAGCUGCGGGAGCGGGCACAGGCAGGCAGCUUGCGCACCAUGCUGCAGCACAAGGACCGGAUGGAGGAGCAGGUGGCCCAGGAGAGGAGGACAGUGGCAUGUCUGGAUCUGGAGAUCCAGAGCUGGGAAAAGCGGCUGUCGGAGCUGCAGAGGCAUGUGGGCAGUGCCAGCAUCACUGAGCGGGACAAAGCCCGGAUACAGAAGAAGGUGCAGACCCUGGAGAACCAGCUGAACAGGGCCUUGGCCAAGUUCAACUCCCAGCUGGUGCUGAAUGCCCACCUGCGUGAGGAGCUGGAAACCAUGCGCAUUGAGCACAGCCGCUUUGAGCAGCUCUGCCGGCGGCUGGAGAGGGAGGUGCAUGAGAAGCGAAAGGAGAUUGGUGCUGUGAUCGCCACGUCCUCCAUGGCUUAUGAUGCCAGGGAUGAGGCACAGGCCAAGCUGGGGCAGCUGCGGGAAAAGGCGGAGAAGGAUGUGGCACAGCACGGGGCUGAGAUGAAAGAGCUGCAGCGGGUGCUGGACCACGACAGGCGCCUUCGCCAAUUCCUGACCAUCAAGGCACAGGAGCGGAGCCUUACCCAGGAGGCGCUAAAGGCCCGGCAGCAGAGAGCCCAGGAGUUGGCUGAGGGGAAGCGCCGUGACCCUGAGGAAGAGCUGUUGGAGUCCUAUGAAGAUACUUUCAGGCAGCUGCGGGAGCUGAAGGGGGAGGAUGACCUGGACCUGCUGGUGGAGAAAUUCCUAGAAGAGGAAGAUCAAAACUUCGCUGAAUUCAACUACAUCAAUGAGCAGAACAGUGAGCUGGAGCGGCUGGGGGAGCACAUUGCCCAGCUGCAGCAGGAGAUUGUGGCAGCCCAGGCACAGGAGGAGUGGGCAGAGCAGGAGCACCGGGCAGAGCUCCGGGCUGUAGAGACCAAGCAAGAGGCAGUUGUGCAGGAGGCCAAGCACCUGCUUGCCAAGGAGAAGGAGAUCAUCCAGACCCUGGAGCAUGUUAAGGCGGGCAUUAGGGAGCUGUUUGAGGAGCUGGGCUGUGAUCGGACAGGGUUGGAUGAGGUGCUGGGGGGUGGGAUCUUGGUGCGUGACUCCACCUUGCUGCUCUUCCUGGGGCGGAUUGAGCAACGAGCCACUGAGCUGCUGGCCAUGCGCUCCUACCUGGCCUCCAAGAACUUUGAUGACCCUUACGACCCCUCAGAGACAGCACGGCUGCUGCUGGGGCAGACGGAGGGUGUCCCUACUCUGCCCCGCCCCCCACGACCUCCCACUGCCAGGGAAGACCAUGACACUGAGGAGGCCCUGACAGAUGGGAGUGAGGAAGAGGAGAGACCCCUCACCCACAGUGAGCUGAGGGAGCGCAUCCUCCAGGAGGUGCUGAGCCGGGAGGAGACACUUCCCUCCAAGAGGAGCCUGGACCCAGAGCAGGCUGCACGGGGUGCACUGCGCCCCAUGGAGUCUUGAUCUGAGGGCUGAGGUCUCAGGCUCCGGGUAUGGAACAGCCAGUGUGCUGGGCAGAUUGAUGUGAGGACAGCUUCUCCAUCCCAAUGCCAGGGCCCCCCAUCUCUGUCUCCACUCCUCUCCCCCAGGACUGGACCCUCCCCUGCAACACCACCUGGGGCCUGACCUGCCUGUAUCCUGGACUUGUAGGUGCAGGAGGGAGCCCCCAUUUCUGCCCAUAGCUCCACAUGCCUGCCUACCCACCCCUGUUCCUGCUGGAGUGGCUGAUUCCCUGGCCUGUCAACAAGGACCUGAGUGCCUGGGGGACUCUGGCCUCUGGGAUCCCCCUUCUCUGGCAAUCUUGUCUCUCAUUCAAGCCCCCAGUUAAUCAUGGAUCAAAGCUAGUUCCUAUCCUUGGUGUGGCCCCUGGCAGGCCUUCCCAGGGCAAGCACAGCAUGGGUACAAGGGCCCCUGGGGCUGGCUUGUGUUUCUGCCUUCCCUGGCAAGGCUUGCUGUAUCUGCUGUCACCAUACAUGGAGCAGCAAUAAAUGACCCCAGCAACACCGUG